AUGGCUACAUUCUCUUCGUCAAAAGUACAUGGACUCCCACUAUUGUUACUGAUUCUGGUAUCAUCUAUCAUGCUUUCUCCAGUAAAAUGUGAAUAUCCACCUACUUUUCCACCUCCAAUUGGGAUAUAUCAAGUGAAGCAAUGCUUGAAAGCACUUCCCGGAAUCAGUGGUGCUUGCACUUCUGACAUUCUCAAGUAUCUCGUGGGACCUCGGGAUGGCAUUAUCAAUCUCAAAUGUUGUAAAGCUGUGAUCAAGAUUGUGAGUUCAUGCAGGCUCAGAAAUCUCCCAAUUGACCCAAUAUUUCCUCCAAUGGUCCUAGGAGUUUGUGCAAGAAAUUAUUAUGGUUAUUUAGAGCCAUGGAAUUGA